CUGUCUCUCAAACCCCAAAUCCGAUUUCUCAAUCUCCUCCAUCAUUCCCAUUCGUCUCGCCGAUUCAGAGCCCUUUUUUUCUUCUUUUUCAGGUAUCCGAAAAUCUCUGUUUCUCCGUCUUUGUCUCUCCGGUUGUCUCGAGCAUACACUUUUCCGGGUCAUCGUUCGACCCGGAUUUCGAAUGGGCAUAGGUCUUCCCAGAUUCAACACCAUGUUUGGCUUCUUUGAUCUCUGAAAGGUGACAUAUUUAGUGGGUAUUCUGUGAAUCUUUGAGUAAGAUCACAUCUUUUCUGAUUUUUUGGAUAUGAAGUUUCUUGAUGAAUGGUUACACCUUGUGUUUUUAUAAUGGUCUCUAAAGAAUCCAAUCAUUUGUGGGUGUUUGAUGAAUUUUUUGAUCUCUGAAAGUUUCAAUCGUUAGUGGGUCUUUCAUCUUUGAUGAGAUUGUGGGGGAAAAAAAUCUGAUUUUUAUGGAUAUUAAUCUGUGGGUUGACUGGUUGUGCCUUGUUUGGUUAUUCUCUCCAUGUUUCGCUGGUUAAUGGGUAGUUUGAGUUCUUGGAAAUAAGGAUGCCUGCAAAAGAGAAAGUGGUCACCACCUUAUCAAUGGAAAGCAAUCAUUUUUCCACACUUUUGUCUAUGGAUUCUUCCUCAAUGCCGCAUGAUGAGUUCGAGAGGGAGAUGAAUCUCAGCUUUAUUCCUCCUGAUAUAAACAUCCCUCUUUCUGAUGCCCCUACCACUUUCCCGAGCCCCGAUGAGUUUGGGCUGGAUGUUGGGCUUGCACCCCAGCCUUUCGAGGCGGACCCGAACUGUAAUAAUGGGACCAAAAUUGGGAAGAAGUGUGCCAAGAGGAUUGAUAGUGUUUGGGGUGCUUGGUUUUUCUUUAACUUCUACUUCAAACCAGUUCUUAGCGAUAAGUCGAAGGCUAGUAAUGGGAACCGCUUGAACAAAGGGGUAGUUUCGGGAUUCGAUAAAUCCGAAUUGAAUUCGGAUGUUUUCCUAGUUCAACAUGAUAUGGAGAAUAUGUACAUGUGGGUUUUCAAGGAGAGGCCGGAAAAUGCGCUUGGGAAGAUGCAGUUGAGGAAUUACAUGAACGGGCAUUCCCGCCAAGGACAGAGACCUUUCCCGUUCAGCGCGGAUAAAGGGUUUAUUCGGUCUCACAAAAUGCAGCGGAAACAUUACCGCGGGUUAUCCAAUCCGCAAUGCGUCCACGGGAUUGAAAUCGUUUGGUCCCCUAAUCUCACGGGCAUCAAUGAGGACGAACUGAAGAAGUGGAUGGAACUAACAGGUAGGGAUUUGAACUUCUCCAUCCCACCCGAAGCCACUGAUUUUGAAUCCUGGAGGAAUUCCCCGACAGCAGAUUUCGAUCUGGAUAAACUGAAUCCUAAAAAACCUGUCAACAGUUCGAGUCUAAAUCUAAACGGUGAAGGUCCUCUAGACAUGUUGGCAGUGAGCAACAAAAGAAAGAGGAACGGUGAUGAUGAAAUGUGUUUAUCGACUAGUAAUGGCUCAAAUCCAGAGAAAAUCUUGGAUUCGUCCCUCCAUCAAAUCGAACCAUCCUGGCUGAGCGAAUGUUCUGGUGUGAUGAGGUGCGCGUACGGCCCUGUGACCGCUGCAAAGACCAUAUAUGAAGACGAAGAGGGGUUCUUGAUCAUUGUCAGCAUGCCAUUUGCAGAUCUGAAGAGGGUAAAAGUGACUUGGAGAAACACAAUCUCACAUGGGAUUGUGAAGAUAUCAUGUGUGAGCACCGGGUGUGCCCCAACGAUAAAAAGACAAAACAGGGCAUUCAAGCUCACGGACCCCGCACCAGAACAUUGCCCUCCGGGGGAAUUUGUUAGGGAGAUUAUCCUCCACAGUCGCAUCCCGGAGGACGCGAAGCUGGAAGCGUUUGGGGACGAGUCUGGGACGAUGCUUGAGAUACUCGUCCCCAAACACCGAGCGGGGCCCGAGGAGCACGAGGUUCGGGUCUGCCUUCGCCCAUCCCCUUGGAGCGAGUGAAUAGUGUGGUGUGCACACAUUCAUUGGCCUUCGUAGUUACUUUAGUGUUUGAUGAGUAUAAUUUAUGUAUCUGAUCUUGGUGGCAUCAACUAAUACAAGCAGUGUUUCUCAUUUCACCAGAAAAUGUUGAGGUGCCUUAUUUUCAUAUGUUUGUGAUGCAUAGAUGUUUUUGACGCCGGACUUGGGUGUCAUA